ACUCAUUAUCAUCUCUGGCGCUAAUUUGAGUUGUUUGCACUAUGGCAUCCUGACUGAUAUCCACCAGUGCCAAUUCAGACCUCUGGGCAUCAAGCAGUGCCCCUCUGAAGGUCAGGUCAGUCUUCGAUAACCCGUGAGCUGUAGAACAUCCGCUGGAGAUGAGAGACAUGACGCCUCUCGUGGGCGUUUGUCUGUGGACGACGCUCUUAAUCCUCGUCUCCUCCUGCCCUGGGGGCGUUUGCAAUGGUGAGGUUCAGAUGGGGGCAGAGGACUUUGCAUGGUUCAGACACCGGAGGAAUUACGGCGGAACGAAGACCAGUCCCACCAAAGUGAGGGAAGACGUGAAGGGAAGCAAGACCAAGUUGCCCCCCACCCACCCGUCCAAGGUGGACUUGUCUCCAGGUCUGAUUGAAGGGACAUCUGGUGGUCUUGGAUCGGGACACUCAGGAGGCUCAGGUGGGGUCAUUGGAGGAGGUGCUUCAGGCUCGACAAGUGGAGGUUCUGGAGUUAAUCACUCUGGGUCAGGUGGAUCAAGUUUGUUCUUUGGAGGGAGUCAUUCAGGAUCAGGAAGUUCUUCUGGCUCAGCAAGUGGCACUUCCGGAGGAGGUCUCUCGGGAUCAGGAGGUUCGAGUGGGGUCUUUGGAGGAAGUUCUUCAGGCUCAACCAGUGGCAGUUCAGCAGGUGGUCACUCUGGAAGUUCUGGAGGAGGUCACUUAGGAUCUGGAGGUUCAGGUGGGGUCUUUGGAGGAAGUUCUUCAGGCUCAGCAAGUGGAGGUUCUGGAGGAGGUAUCUUUGGAUCUGGAGGUUACUCUGGAUCAGGGGGUUCAGGUGGGGUCUUUGGAGGAGGUUCUUCAGGUUCAACAAGUGGCAGUACUGGAGGAGGUCACUUAGGAUCAGGAGGUUCUAGUGGGGUCUUUGGAGGAGGUUCUUCAGGCUCAGCAAGUGGAGGUUCUGGAGGAGGUACCUUUGGAUCAGGAAGUUCGAGUGGGGUCUUUGGAGGAGGUUCUUCAGGUUCAACAAGUGGCAGUACUGGAGGAGGUCACUUAGGAUCAGGAGGUUCUAGUGGGGUCUUUGGAGGAGGUUCUUCAGGUUCAACAAGUGGCAGUUCUGGAGGAGGUCACUUAGGAUCAGGAGGUUCUAGUGGGGUCUUUGGAGGAGGUUCUUCAGGUUCAACAAGUGGAGGUUCUGGAGGAGGUACCUUUGGAUCAGGAGGUUCGAGUGGUGUCAUUGGAGGAGGUUCUUCAGGUUCAACAAGUGGCAGUUCUGGAGGAGGUACCUUUGGAUCAGGGGGUUCAGGUGGGGUCAUUGUAGGAGGUUCUUCUGGCUCAAAAACUGGCAGUUCUGGCGGAGGUACCUUUGGAUCAGGAGGUUCAAGUGGGGUCUUUGGAGGAGGUUCUUCAGGUUCAACAAGUGGCAGUACUGGAGGAGGUCACUUAGGAUCAGGAGGUUCUAGUGGGGUCUUUGGAGAAGGUUCUGCAGGUUCAACAAGUGGCAGUACUGGAGGAGGUCACUCAGGAUCAGGAGGUUCUAAUGGGGUCUUUGGAGGAGGUUCUUCAGGUUCAACCAGUGGCAGUUCUGGAGGAGGUCACUUAGGAUCAGGAGGUUCUAGUGGGGUCUUUGGAGGAGGUUCUGCAGGUUCAACAAGUGGCAGUACUGGAGGAGGUCACUUAGGAUCAGGAGGUUCUAGUGGGGUCUUUGGAGGAGGUUCUUCAGGUUCAACAAGUGGCAGUACUGGAGGAGGUCACUUAGGAUCAGGAGGUUCUAGUGGGGUCUUUGGAGGAGGUUCCUCAGGCUCAACCAGUGGCAGUACUGGAGGAGGUCACUUAGGAUCAGGAGGUUCUAGUGGGGUCUUUGGAGGAGGUUCCUCAGGCUCAACCAGUGGCAGUACUGGAGGAGGUCACUUAGGAUCAGGAGGUUCUAGUGGGGUCUUUGGAGGCGGUUCUUCAGGAUCAACAAGUGGCAGUUCUGCAGGUGGUCACUCUGGAUCAAGGGGCUCAGGUGGAGUCUUUGGAGGAGGUUCCUCUGGAUCAACAAGUGGUAGUUCUGGAGGAGGUAUCUUUGGAUCAGGAGUUUCAAGUGGCAGUUCUGGAGGUCGAGGUCCUGGAUAUGCAGGCUCGGGUAGUGGGUCUGGAGGCGUGGGUUACGGAACUAAAGUCAAAGGUCCUUGGGUUGGAGUCAAAAGGCCUGGUGGUGGUGGGAAAGACAUUGCAAGAGCUGGCUGCCGGGGUGUUAGAAGGGGAACGCCCCACUGGGUACCAGGUCUGGAUGAAUGGUGCAGGGUUAACUGCAACGUAGGCGUUUGUCCUCGUGAGACAUGUGUAUGUUAGUGUUUUUCAGUCUUCUGUUUCUUUCAUUUGAGCUUUAGUUCUGAACAGAGUUCUUUUGAGGACCAUUACCUUGAAUAUUACAGACUGUCUCCUUUUCUACUGGUGUAAGUUAGGUUCCAAUGCAUAUUUUUGGAUAGAUUUUGCAGGUUUGCUUAGGUUAUUGCCUCCAGGGAGACCAGGAAAGCAUCAAAAUAACCUAAACAAAAAACGAAAUUGUGUGUGAUAACAAUAAAAACCUACCAAAAAUUGUGAUAGGCUGCCUGACUUGUAUCCUGAGUAAGCAAUGAAUAAACACGAGUUAACUCGA